AUGACAACACUUGAUUUGCUGAUUAUAUUCCGAGAAUUGAGUCUUAGCUUUGAUAUUUGGCAAGGGUCAUUGGGUGAUUCUGCAAUGGUCUCUGAUGGGGUGACUCUAUUGUCACUCUUGACUCACUGGACCUUUAUUCCUCCUAUCAUAAACUCGAGUUGGAAUGCCUCUGAUUCCAUUCCAUGCUCAUGGGUAGGAGUUCAAUGCGACCAUGACCACCAUGUGGUCUCCCUUAACCUCACUGAUCAUGCGAUUUUUGGUGAACUUGGGCCACAAAUUGGAAAAUUGUAUCACUUGCAGACCCUUGUGUUGUUGGGUAAUGGUUUCUCAGGAAAAGUUCCUUCAGAGUUGAGUAACUGUAGUUUGCUCGAGUAUUUAGACCUUUCUGAGAACAGCUUUAGUGGAAAGAUACCAUAUAGCUUGAAAAAGUUGCAAAACUUACGGCAUAUCAGCUUGUCUUCUAAUCUGCUAACUGGUGAAAUUCCAGAUUCCUUGUUUCAAAUUCCUCCCCUGGAUGAAGUGAGCUUGCACAGUAACCUUCUUAGUGGUCCUAUCCCAACCAAUAUUGGGAAUGCUACUGAACUGUCGAGGUUGUAUCUAUAUGGUAAUCAGUUGUCAGGGACUAUUCCUUCAUCCAUUGGUAAUUGCAGUAAGUUAGAGGACCUUGAUUUGUCUUUUAACCAUUUGACAGGUGAAAUUCCAGCCAGUAUUUGGAGAAUUCCGAGUCUUAAGCACAUCUUGGUUCAUAACAAUAGCCUUUUUGGAGAACUACCUUUGGAGAUGACAAAGCUCAAGCAUCUCAAAAAUAUCUCAUUGUUUGACAACCAGUUCUCUGGAGUCAUACCUCAAAGCUUGGGAAUCAAUAGCAGUUUAGUGAAGUUGGACUGUAAGAAUAAUAAGUUCACUGGUAGUAUCCCUCCCAAUCUCUGCUUUGGAAAGAAAUUAUGUUUGCUUGAUAUGGAAAGUAAUCAACUUCAAGGUGGUAUACUUUCUGAUAUAGGAAGAUGUGGAACUCUAAGGAGGUUGAUUCUCAAAGAAAAUAAUUUCACCGGGCCUCUUCCUGAUUUUGUAAGUAAUCCGAACCUCACAUACAUGGACAUAAGCAAGAACAAUAUCAGUGGAUCAAUUCCAUCAAGUUUGGAAAAUUGCACAGAUCUCACUGAAAUUAAUUUGUCAAUGAACAAAUUCACUGGGCUGAUACCAUCAGAUAUUGGAAAGCUUGUGAAUCUUGUGAAUUUGGAUCUUGCUCACAACAAAUUGGAAGGUCCUUUGCCACCUGAGCUGUCAAGUUGUACUAAAAUGGAUCGUUUUGAUGUGGGAUUCAAUUCCCUAAAUGGUUCAUUUCCGUGUAGUUUCACAAACUGGACGGGGAUAACCACAUUAAUUUUAAGCGGGAAUCAUUUUACAAGGGGUAUCCCAGACUGUUUGGCAGAAUUUGGCAACCUACGCGAGUUACAACUUGGUGGAAAUUUGUUUGGAGGCCAAAUUCCUCGAUCAUGUUGGAUGGGAAAUUUGCGGAGUCUGUUCUACGGGUUGAAUCUGAGUGCUAAUGGAUUGACAGGUGACAUUCCUUCAGAAAUUAGUAAUCUAGGAGUGCAAAGUCUGGACGUAUCCUUGAACAAUUUGACGGGUAGCAUAGAUGUUCUUGAGGGUCUUGCUCCAUUCAUUGAGGUCAAUAUUUCUUAUAAUUUCUUUGAUGGUCCUGUACCAGAACAUCUGAUGAAGUUAUUGAAUUCCUCACCAUCAUCAUUCAUGGGUAAUCCUCUCCUGUGUGUUAAUUGUUCACUUUCAGAUGGCUUGGGUUGCAAUAAAAAUAGUUAUGUGAAGCCAUGUGUCUACAAAUCAACUGAUCACAGGGGUAUCAGUUGCCAUGAAAUUGUGAUGAUAGCACUUGGAUCCUCAAUAUUUAUUUUUGCCGUGCUGCUAAUAGUAAUUGUAAUGUAUCUCCAGAGAAGAUCUCAGCAGGAAAUGAAAAGGGCCUCCAGCUCCCAUAACUCUGAGCAGGAACUUAAGUAUUUCGCUGGAAAUGGAGGAGGAAAGAUUGGAGCAAUCUUUGAUAGCCAAGUCCAUAUCUCAGCUCAAAAGAAACCGUCUUACCUUAACGACCUAGUGUUGAAGGCUACAGAGAACCUAAAUGAUCGGUAUAUAAUUGGUAGAGGAGGCCAUAGCAUUGUAUAUAAAGCCCAACUAGGUGAACUGGAUUUUGCAGUAAAGAAGGUUACAUUUGGAAGUAACAAACAGAAGUAUGUCGGUAUUAUGCAAAAAGAAAUUCAAACUCUUGGGAUGAUUAAGCAUCGAAAUUUGGUCGCAUAUGCAGAUUACUGGGUGGGAGAGGACUAUGGUUUAAUCAUAUAUGAGUUCAUGGAAAAUGGAAGCCUUCAUGAUAUUUUGCACGAAAAAAACCCCCCACCCUCCUUAACGUGGGAUGUCCGGUUUAAGAUAGCUGUUGGAAUUGCUCAAGGACUAGCAUAUCUUCAUCAUGACUGUAACCCGCCCAUAGUGCACCGAGACAUCAAACCAAAGAAUAUACUUCUUGAUGCUAAUAUGGAGCCUCUUAUAGCUGAUUUUGGUACUGCCCUGUACAGGAACCUGUAUGAGCAUUCUAAUAGUCAUUCUGGUUCAAGGCCAACGCUUUCAUUGCGCAUUGCUGGUACUCCUGGCUAUAUUGCACCGGAGAAUGCAUAUGCAAUAGUGCAGAGCAGAAAGUCUGAUGUAUAUAGCUACGGGGUUGUUCUGCUUGAGCUAAUAACCAGAAAGAAAGCAUAUUUUUCGUCUUUGAAUGAUAAAGAAGAGGUGACCACUAUAGUGAACUGGGCUAGAUCUGUAUGGUUGGAAACGGGCAAAAUUGAGAAGAUUGCUGAUUCAUACCUUGCAAGUGCAUUUCCCAAUUCGGCAGUACUAGCCAAGCAAGUCACUGCAGUGCUUUUGUUGGCAUUACAGUGCACAGAAAAGGAUGCAGACAACAGAACGACCAUGAAAGAUGUUAUCAAUUUCUAUCAAAAAGGCGUGUUCAAGUUGUGGUGUGGUGAUGUGGUUUAUGUUGAUGGUGAUGAGGCUGAAUCUUUUCCUGAUGUUCCAGUUGUCAGUAUUGACCACCAUCUUCAUCGAGAAAGUAGCAGGGCUGCAAACCUGAGAAAGAGAGAAGUUACAUUUAAUGUGGAGACUGAACCUGAAGAUCUUAAUGAUAGAGCUUUGACAAGAACUAGGAGUACUACUAUCACACUCGUGUUGUUGGUUUUAUCCUUCCCUGCCUUUUUGCAUGGUGAUUCUGAAAUGGUCUCUGACGGGUUGACUCUAUGGUCACUCUUGGCAUGCUGGACCUCUAUUCCUCCUAUCAUAAACUCGAGCUGGAAUGCCUCUGAUUCCACUCCAUGCUCAUGGGUAGGAGUUCAGUGCGACCAUGACCACCACGUGGUUUCCCUUAACCUCCCUCAUCAUGGGAUUUUUGGUGACCUUGGACCACAAAUUGGAAAAUUGUAUCACUUGCAGACCCUUGUGUUGUCGGGUAACGGUUUCUCAGGAAAGGUGCCUUCAGAGUUAAGUAACUGUAGUUUGCUCAAGUAUUUAGACCUUUCUGAGAACAGCUUUAGUGGACAGAUACCUUUGGAGAUUACAAAGCUAAAGAAUCUAAAAAAUAUCUCAUUGUUUGACAACCAGUUCUCUGGAGUCAUACCUCAAAGCUUGGGAAUCAAUAGCAGUUUAGUGAAGUUGGACUGUAAGAAUAAUAAGUUCACUGGUAGUAUCCCUCCCAAUCUCUGCUUUGGAAAGCAAUUGCGCGUGCUUGAUAUUGGAAGUAAUCAACUUCAAGGUGGCAUACCUUCUGAUGUAGGAAGAUGUGCAACUCUAAGGAGGUUGAUUCUCAAAGAAAAUAAUUUCACUGGGCCUCUUCCUGAUUUUGUAAGUAAUCCGAACCUCUCACACAUGGGCAUAAGCAAGAACAAUAUCAGUGGAUCAAUUCCAUCAAGUUUAGAAAAUUGCACAAAUCUCACUGAAAUUAAUUUGUCAAUGAACAAGUUGACUGGGCUGAUACCAUCAGAGAUUGGAAAGCUUGUGAAUCUUGUGACUUUGGAUCUUGCUCACAACAAAUUGGAAGGUCCUUUGCCACCCGAGCUGUCAAAUUGUACUAAAAUGGAUCGUUUUGAUGUGGGAUUCAAUUCCCUAAAUGGUUCAUUCCCAUCAAGUUUCUCAAGCUGGACGGGGAUAACCACAUUAAUUUUAAGCGGGAAUCAUUUUACAGGGGGUAUCCCAGGCUGUUUGCCACAAUUUAACAACCUACGCAAUUUACAACUUGGUGGAAAUUUGUUUGGAGGCAAAAUUCCUCGAUCAAUGGCAAAAUUGCGGAAACUGUUCUAUGGGUUGAAUCUGAGUGAUAAUGGAUUGACAGGUGACAUUCCUUCAGAAAUUAGUAAUCUAGAAGCGCUGCAGAGUAUGGAUGUAUCCUUGAACAAUUUGACUGGUGGCAUAGAUGUUCUUGAGGGUCUUGUUUCAUUAAUUGAGGUCAAUAUUUCUUAUAAUUUCUUUGAUGGUCCUGUACCAGAACAUCUGAUGAAGUUAUUGAAUUCCUCACCAUCAUCAUUCAUGGGUAAUCCUCUCCUAUGUGUUAAUUGUCCACUUUCAGAUGGCUUGGGUUGCAAUGAAACUAGUUAUGUGAAGCCACGUGUCUACAAAUCAACUGAUCACAGGGGUAUCAGUCGCCAUGAAAUUGUGAUGAUAGCACUUGGAUCCUCAAUAUUUAUUUCUGUCAUGCUGCUAAUAGUAAUUGUAAUGUAUCUCCAGAGAAGAUCUAAGCAAGCAAUGAAGAUUGAUAGCCAAGUCCAUAUCUCAGCUCAAAUGAACCCAUCUUACCUUGAGGACCUAGUGUUGAAGGCUACAGAGAACCUGAAUGAUCGGUAUAUAAUUGGCAGGGGAGGCCAUGGCAUUGUAUAUAAAGCCCAACUAGGUCAACUGGAUUUUGCAGUAAAGAAGGUUACAUUUGGAAGUAACAAGCAGAAGUAUCUAAGUAUUUUGCAAAGAGAAAUUCAAACCCUUGAGAAGAUUAAGCAUCGUAAUUUGGUGGCAUAUGCAGACUACUGGGUUGGAGAGGACUAUGGUUUAAUCAUAUAUGAGUUCAUGGAAAAUGGAAGCCUUCAUGAUAUUUUGCAUGAAAAAAAACCCCCACCCUCCUUAACGUGGGAUGUCCGGUUUAAGAUAGCUGUUGGAAUUGCUCGAGGACUAGCAUAUCUUCAUCAUGAUUGUAACCCGCCCAUAGUGCACCGAGACAUCAAACCAAAGAAUAUACUUCUUGAUGCUAAUAUGGAACCUCUUAUAGCUGAUUUUGGUACUGCCCUGUACAGGAACCUGCAUGAGAGUUCUAAUAGUCAUGCUGGUUUAAGGCCAAUGCUUUCAUCGCAGGUUGCUGGUACUCCUGGCUAUAUUGCACCGGAGAAUGCAUAUGCAAUAGUGCAGAGCAGAAAGUCUGAUGUAUAUAGCUACGGGGUAGUUCUGCUUGAGCUAAUAACCAGAAAGAAAGUAUUAGUUCCGUCUUUGAAUGAUAAAGAAGAGGUGACCACUUUAGUGAACUGGGCUAGAUCUGUACGGAUGAAAACGGGCAAAAUUGUGAUGAUUGCUGAUUCAUACCUUGCAAGUGCAUUUCCCAAUUCAGCACUAGUAGCCAAGCAAGUCACUGCAGUGCUUUUGUUGGCAUUACAAUGCACAGAGAGAGAUGCACGUUAUAGACCAACCAUGGAAGAUGUAAUUAAAUUCUAUCAAAACGGCUUGUUCAAGUUGAGAUGUAGUGAUGUGGUUUAUGGUGCUGAAAUUGCUGCAGUUGUAGCACCACAACAAUAUAACUCUCCUAAUCUUUUCCCUGAUGUUCCAGUUGUCAGUAUAGACCACAAUCUCCAUGGAGAAAUUACAUUUAAUGUGGAGACUGAACCUGAAGAUUUUGAUGAUUUUAGCUUUUUGCGGGAUGCUAAUCAAUCUCAGCUGGGAGUCUAUGCUCGGGGUGAUUGGAAACUCGUGUAUAGGCCUAUAACUGGUACUGAUGGACUUGUAAUUAAACUAAUGGGCAACGGUAAGAUACAGGCUGAACAAGUAGCGGUUGUGGCUCUGAUUGUUCCUAAAAUUUCCUAUACUUGGCCUUUUCUGAUCUUCCUUCCCUCUGUAAUUGGUCCAGUACUUACCAAACCCUUCAACUGGUUUUUCCUCUCACGUUGGGCUCAAUAUUUGCACCUGCAGAAAUCCUUGUAUUCACAGCCCAUAACCUACUUUAUAAUACCAUUAAAGGCCACUCUUCAACUUAGUAAUCAUGGAGAUUUCGAAAGUCCCUAUAUAGCCAAUGUUCUUCAAUCCUUAAACAAGGAGAAAUACAUGGCCUGUACAUUGAACUUCUAUUUUUAG